UUUCCAUACAAAUUUAUUUCACAGCACUGGGUCAUUAUUCUAGUCUUAAAUAAUUCAUAACUGUUCGUAGAUAUGCGUGGUUAAUUUAAGCAUAAGUAUUGUGGCAUUAUUUCUAUUUCAGUAUGUGUAACAAGUGUAUGUGAUAAACAACUAUUCAUAUUUUCGUGCUUAAUAACAGAUAAUAAACGAGAUGUCUCCCAAUGCUACGGACACGCUGCUUCCGCAACACAAACCUCUUCAAGUGCAGCAGUCCAGGGCUCCUCGUCCAAUCGCGGAUUUGGAAAAGGCUACUUCUACGGAAUCUUGCAAAGACAUUGGGGUCACAGAAUGCAACUGCAAAGAAAUGGAAUUAGGUGCAGGAGAUGCGGUGUUUGCUUGCUUCGUGGUAGCGCCGCUAGUAGUGGGUUUUUGGCGUGGGACCUGGGGCUUAAUGGACCUCGCUCCGGACAGCUUCCCCUACGCGCAGACCUACGUGCUGGCCAUCAUGGUGCACGUGUGCUUCGCGUUACUGAGAUCGUACCUGCUAUCCCGAUCGGUAGGGGCCUGGGGCGAAGAGAAACGCGCAGGACGGUGGCUGAGAGAGCGCGCUCUGUCCCGGCUGUACGCCUACAUGUUCAUGAUGUCCAACAUCAUGCACUGGCGCGGCGGCUGGGGCCUGUUCGAUGGCGCUGUGGCGCUCAUGGUUCCCGCAGGCGAGGAUAAGUACAGGCCCAUCGCUAUUGCCGCAUUGACGCUGAUAUUCUACGUAUGCUUGUUGGGUUUGCGGGCCUCGAAGAAUUUACUGGCGCCCCCGUACUUCCUCGUCACGGACGGCAAAGAGCCCACCUACAUCUUUACCACGCGCUUCAAGACCAAAGUAAGUUGA